AUGCUGCUGCUGCUCGCCCUAACGUCUUCUGUCACUCGCCGUGCCAUCAUUGCAGCGCCAGUCAGCGCCGCUGCGGCAGGGCAAGUCAGCGGCAGCGCUUCGGCAACGCAGCAGUCCUCUGCCGCACCACCGCCGGCGGCGCUUCUCCGCUCGGUCUCCGAGGCGGCCCGUGCGGGAACUCUCGGCCCGAUGGCCAUGUGGCCCGACCCUGUGCUCCGGCAUGUUGCGGCGCCAGUGGACGACUUUGGGCCCGUGGAGCAGUUUUCGCAGAUGCUGGUUGACGGCAUGGAGUCCACCGCGAUUGCCGCCACCCAGUACCACGUGAAUGCUCAGAUCAUCGCCCUCCGCGGCGCGAGCUCGCCGCUGCCCGGGCCGCUCGUGCUCGUCAACCCGCGGGUGCUCGCGAGGUCGCCUGAGGAGCAGAUGCGGCCGUGGAGAGAGGUCUGCCUCGUGCUGCCUCCCGGGCUGGAGGUGGACCUGCUCCGUGAUGCGUGGGUGACGGUCGAGAGCGCCGACAGCGCCGGCCGCCGCUCGACCCGCACGCUGCGCGGCGAGCCGGCACGCGCCUUCCAGCACGAGUACGACCACUUGCGAGGCGUGCUGAUCGUCGAUCACGCCGACCUCGCAGACCUGCCCGCUGAGUCGGAGCUCCUUGCGCAGCGCACCGCCGCGGCCGACGCCGGAGGGACAGUGAUCGGCUGCUCGUUUUGGCUCGGCUACCCCGCGCCGCUCUACUACGAGGACGUGCUCGACGUCGCCGCCCGCCUCGGCGAAGGCUGCCCCGCGCUCACGCCCGGCCGGCUGCUGCGCCGGGCCGAGUUCGAGACCGCCCUCGCCGCGAGUCGGCCGCGCGGGGCGCAGCUGCGCGGCAGGGACGGGUCCCCCCUCCCCUCCCUUACCCGAGGAACGGGGCGGGGCAGCCAGCAACCGCCCAGCGCGCUCGCCGUCGACGCGGCGUGGACGGCGCUCUCGGGCGGCUCCUCGUACGUCUCGCCCGAGGAGGUUGCGAGACAGCUCGGCCGGUGGCGGCCGGAGCCUGCCGUCUUCGUGCUGGACGAGUUCGAGCGCUCCCUCCUCGCGGGGCGUGCCGGCGUCGCCUCGGGCUACCUCAUCCUGUUUGGUAUGCAGGCGCUGGCUUUGGCGCUCUUUGUCGUACAGCCGCUGUGGGAAGCCGCGGUCGGCGCGACCUAG